AAAUGGCGGCCGUACAAGGUGGUCAGGUCGACGCGGUUGAAGAAAAAGACAUUAAAACAGAACCAUCAAACGAUGGCGGUGGAAAUAAUAAUGCAAAUGAUGGAAGGCUGCUUUCUACGUCCCCUGGCUCUAGUUCUUCGACUGGAAGUAUUAAAUCAACGGCAGGACCCCCGGAGGAUCAGCAGACGCUGCUGGCGGUCCUGCAGUUCCUCCGAAAGAACAAACUGACUGAGUCUGUCGAAAUAUUGCGUCGUGAAGCCGGAUUACCGGAGGAUUCACUGGACCUGAAGGGGGGUGACUCCUCCGGGGCAGGUUCUGGUGCUGCUGCGGGCAGUGUGGAACUAGCAGACGGGGAUGCGAGCUCUCUUCUCAGCCGAGUGACCAGCUCAGCCUCCGCUGUAGCUCCGGCGCCAACUAAAGCUGCUGGGGAGGAUCAGCCGGACGUCAAUGUGGUGCUGUCGGCCUACAGUCAGCAGGGAGACCCCCCCCUGUACCAGGUUUACUACAGCGGCCUGAAGAAGUUCAUCGAAUCGGUUCUGGACUGUCACCGAGCGGAGCUGUCCCAGGUCUUCUACCCGCUGUUCGUGCACAUGUAUCUGGAACUGGUGUACAACAACCACGAAAGUGAGGCCAAGGCGUUCUUUGAAAAGUUCAGUGGGGAUCAGGAGUGUUACUACGAAGACGACCUGCGCAUUCUGUCCAGCCUGUCCAAGAGGGAGCACAUGAGAGGCAACGAGACGCUGCUGGACUUCCGCACCAGCAAGUUCGUCCUGCGGAUCUCCCGAGACUCCUACCAGCUGCUGAAGAGGCAUCUGCAGGAGCGCCAGAACAACCAGAUCUGGAACAUCAUACAAGAGCACCUCUACAUCGACAUCUUCGAUGGCAUGCCCCGUAGCAAGAGCCAGAUCGAUGCCAUGUCUGGCAGCCUGGCCGGGGAGGGCAAGCGGGAGGCCAACAAGGCAAAGGUUUACUAUGGACUGCUGAAGGAACCAGAAAUUGAGCUUCCCCUUGACGACGAGGAUGAGGAGGCAGACAAUGAGGAGGGCAAACCCAAGAAGAAGAAACCCAAAAAGGACAGCAUGGGCUCCAAGAGCAAGAAGCAGGAUCCUAACGCACCUGCACAGACCAGGAUACCCCUUCCAGAACUAAAGGACUCAGACAAGCUGGACAAGAUCAUGUACAUGAAGGAGGCCACCAAGAGGAUCCGCCUGGGACCAGAAAUCCUGCCUUCCAUCUGCUUCUACACUUUCCUCAACGCUUACCAGGGUCUGACAGCUGUUGACUUCACAGACGACUCCAGCCUGAUCGCGGGGGGCUUCGCUGACUCCACAGUACGGGUGUGGAGCGUCACGCCCAAGAAGCUCCGCAAGGUCAAGUCCGCAGCAGACUUGAAUCUGAUCGACAAAGAGUCGGACGACGUGUUGGAGAGGAUCAUGGAUGAGAAGACGGCCAGUGAGUUGAAGAUCCUGUACGGACACAGCGGCCCAGUGUACGGCAUCAGCUUCAGCCCGGACAGAAACUACUUGUUGUCGAGUUCUGAAGAUGGUACGGUCCGGCUGUGGAGUCUUCAAACAUUCACGUGUCUGGUGGGCUACAAAGGCCACAACUACCCAGUGUGGGAUACCCAAUUUUCCCCGCAUGGGUACUAUUUUAUCUCCGGGGGACAUGACAGAGUUGCCCGUCUGUGGGCGACAGAUCACUACCAGCCUCUACGGAUCUUUUCUGGUCACCUAGCUGACGUCACUUGCACCCGCUUCCACCCCAACUCCAAUUAUGUGGCCACAGGGUCAUCGGAUCGCACCAUCCGGGUGUGGGACGUCCUGACCGGAAACUGCGUCCGCAUCUUCACCGGUCACAAGGGUCCUAUCCAUUCGCUGGCUUUCUCUCCCAACGGGAAGUUCCUGGCUUCAGGGGCCACUGACAGCAGAGUGCUCCUGUGGGACAUCGGGCAUGGGCUGAUGAUUGGCGAACUGAAAGGCCACACAGAUACCGUGUACUCUCUGCGCUUCAGCAGAGACGGAGAGAUCCUUGCCUCCGGCUCAAUGGACAACACAGUUCGUCUUUGGAACGCUACAAAAGCAUUUGAUGAUUUAGAAACUGACGAUUUCACGGCGGCUACAGGGCAUGUCCAUCUACAUGAUAACUCCAAGGAGCUUCUGCUGGGCGCCUACACGUCUAAAUCCACCCCCGUCAUACACCUUCACUUCACCCGCAGGAACCUGCUGCUGGCCGCCGGGGGCUACAAUCCAUGAGACAUUAUUGAAUUAUGAGGAAAAUUAUCUAUAAUGCUUGAAAUUAAGCAAACAUUUGGUCCCCAAGGAACUGAAGAGAUUCGUGGUUCAGUUGGAAUGAAACUGUUAUCAACAAUACACCUCUGCUGAGAAUCCAGCUGUGAAUGAAGAUAAAAUAUUUGGCUAUCCUUCUCCUGUUCUGUCUAACAGAUCUUUCGCAGACAUCCGCACGCCAUGCCUAGUGCCAUUGAUUAGGGAUCUUUUUUUUUAAAUCACUGCCAUGAGUACAGCUUUGUUCAACAUGUGGCUGACAUUUCUGUUUCAUAGCAUUUUAUACUGGUGUACACUGUAAAUAAAAAAACGUUUUCUACA